AUGGAGAGGUUGCCGAUCAAAUCCCUAAUCCGCUUCACCUCCGUUUCGAAACGCUGGCGUUUCAUCAUAUUGUCCGACCCAAAUUUCGCCAAAUCCCAAUUCCAGCAAACUCGGAGUCACAGAGUCCUCUGCUUCGACUGGAGAGAACCUGAAUUCGAAUCUAGAGACUUGGAGACGUUAUGGUCCACCGGAGACAAUUCUAAGGACAGAAAGCUCAGAUGUCCGUUCAAGAAUCCGGGCGAUGAACUCCGCUCACUCUCCUCCUGCAAUGGUUUAGUAUGUGCAACUCUUUCUCCUCGAUACAGUAUCGAUUUGGACAUAUAUAUUUGGAACCCAUCAACUCAAUUCUACAAAAAGUUACCCGCUUCUCCUUUACGAGUACAAAGAGUUCCACACGUACGUUGUUAUGGUUUUGGCUACUUGUCAGCCACCGGCGACUACAAAGUUCUCAUAAACAACCUCUACUCAUUGAACAUUGAGCACCACAUCUUCUCAUCGAACAGUAACAUUUGGAAAAGGAUCGCAGUCCCUUUCCGCUUCCACAUGGACGUUGCGGGGACUCUUUCAAAUGAGGCACUUCAUUGGAUUGAUAAAGAGAUACUGGCUUUCGAUUUAACACAUGAGAAGUUCCGAACCAUGCUGCUGCCUGACUUCAAACCAGGUCAGUGUAUCAUGGAGCUAGGGGAUUUUAGAGGAUGCCUGUGUGCAUUGGAUUGUCUGUAUCGACAUGCCAGUUUUAUUGAUCUGUGGGUCAUGAAAGAAUAUAACGUGAGUGAGUCUUGGACUAAGCUCUUUACCUUAAAGAUUUCUGAUCGGCCUGUGAGAAUGCAAUCUUUAAGGCUAAUCAUGGUUAUGGAAACUGGUACAGUUUUGGAGAAAGCACCAAUCAGUGAGGGUAGGGUUUUUGUUACUGAGUUCAAGUUGAUAAAGAGUGGUCAUAAGGAAAACAAGUUUGAAACACAUAAGGUUAGCAGGGAGCUGUAUGGCAACACACAUAUGAUUGGAUAUGAAGAGAGUCUACUUUGGCUUGGAGACCGGCCAUGUGGAACUAGCCAAGAAGGUAAGAAUGCUUCAGAAGCUGGGGGCAGAAUAAUGGAGAACGUACAAGGAAAAAUGAAUGUCACUGUGGAUAACCAAGGCCCAAAUCAUGUCAAUGUGUGUGUUCUUUAA